CCUUUACCUUUUUUUGUGUGUUUUUUUUAUAACAAACAACAUUUUAUGUUUUAUAACAAAAGCACACUACAAUACAGUCAGGCUCACUUAGCACACAGGAGGAGAAGGGAGUGACCACUUUUUUUAGUUCUUAUAAGUAAUCUUGUAUUCGUCGGUUCUUGCUCUUUGUCCUUUUGAAUUUAUAUUUGAGCGCUUCUGCCUGUCUAUGCAUCCAUGCACUCUGCGGCGAAAGGGAAUUAAGUAUAAGUUCCAAUUUGGAUAUAACAAUUUUUAGAAGUAAAACCAAAAAAUAUUAAGAGACAUGUUCUUCAUAAAGUACCGCGACAAGAAGAGGCUUGCGGAGGCUGCAAGAUCCGGGCAGCACCGCCGCGGUCGACCACUUCAUAUGAAGCGCGAUGCAGAGCAAUCGAAGGGACCCCUCAGCCGCGUUACAUCGCUGAUAAUAGCAGCGAUGCUGCUGCAGCGCCGAAUCAGUUCGCCGCAGAAUGUCGUCUCUCCCGAUGCCACUUGCGACGCAUCGAUGAAGAUUGAAUACUGUUACGAUAGCGCGAAAACGAACAAGGGUGCGCCAGAAGGAGGAACAGAUUGGGUGCUGCUAGGGUCAUCCCCCUUCAGGCGCUGCUGGACUGAUGAUGUACACGCGUCUCUGAGUGCCUUUUUUGGAGCAGCAGGCAGCGCCAUUAGCUUCAGCCUCGAGGUUCCUGUUGUGGCUGCACAACUGAAUAUUACCGUCCUUAGCAACACCGGCACCGCGGAGACACAGGCGCCCACUAAGUCUACGGAGACGACAGUGCAGACAACAACAGGUCCCGUAGUCGGAUACCUCGACAAGCCUUCGCUGCCAGGGCAUGAAAUGCAUCUUUGUUGCAAGUACUUACCUAUGUGUUCAGUAGCCAACAAAAUGCAUCUUUGUUGCAAGUACUUACCUUGUUCAAAGCAAGAACUAGAACUAAUAGAUGCCUUAUAAUGCAUCUUUGUUGCAAGUACUUAGUAAGUAGGACUUUGUUGUAAGUACCACUUACCUUGGGCAAACCAGGGCACAAAAUGCAUCUUUGUGGCAAGUACUUACCUAUGUGUUCAGUAGCCAACAAAAUGCAUCUUUGUUGAAAGUAAUUUAUUACCUAUACCUUGUUCAAACCAAAAAUAUUUAUGACAUAAAAGCAUUGAAUUCAAAUUGCUUGUUUGAAUUGAGAGUGUAAAUAUGAUUUUGGUCUCCUUCGGUUUGUUGUAUCAUCAUCGUUAUUCCGUCUCGGCCGUGCUUUCGCGUCGUAAUUUCACCUCCACGUCGUUUACUGAGAAUGCAUAGGAAAUUUGUUUUUGCGAUUUUCAUCAAAAAUUCAUCGUGAUCCAGCUACAACGACCUGUCACCCCGCUCCCGCGACCCUGAAAGCCAGUUUGGCUAUAACGGGUUCAAAGUCACCGUCCCAGUUGCACGAAAUGCAUCUGCUCUAGUUGAUGCCGGUUGCUCUAGCCCAAGCGAAGAUGAGCCCCUGAACUUUCCACGAGAGUUCACUAAAGAAUUUGCUGCCUGCGAUUUUUGCGCGUGCCUGUGGUACUACGGCGCGCCAGCGAGACAACGCUGCUGUUCCGUAAAGGAGUUUGGCAUGGCGGGAGUGGAUCCCGACACCGGAUGGGAAUACUGCACAGAGCUAUAUCACGUGUACAUUUGUUGGAUGUCUGUAUAAGCGAAAAAAUGUUCUUAAGUUCUUGAUUCACCUAGUUUUUUGCUGUGACUGUGAGGGCAAGAAGAAUGACAUGAUUAUGAUAAGGAUGAGAAGCAUUUUUUGGGAUGGCACACCUGCAACUCGGAAGGUGUCAUCGAGAUCGAUUUUCAUUUUCUCACCCUUUUCAAUGAUUAUACCUCACUCUAACAUCGCCCUCCUCGCGCUUCGCCGAGCUUCAAUUUCCAUCUUUCCUUUUCUUUCUCUCUCUUCUCAUAACAGAAUCACCGACUUCAGGCUUGAAUCGGCAUCCGGCGACAACAGUAUCCACAUUUGCGAACUAUUCUAUGACAUUUACCCGUUUCAAGCGCUUUCCAAUAGCCGACGACUGCAUUCGGCCAACCCAGCGCUCUCGUUGUCUCUUGUCAUUUUGUACCUUGCGUGGCUCCUGUGCACUACUAGUGGGCCGCCGCUUCGCCAUGCUUCAGAUUCAUCGAGAACGAAUUCGAACUCUUCGCUGCGAGUAAAAAAAGACACUGACACAUGGACAACGAGAAGUUAUGUCUGCAAACCAGUUUAGAAAAGACUCCUGGACACCGGACCGCGCAUCGACGACGCCGACAAAGCGGAAACGUUUCAGAUGGAGUGCCAGCGCUUGCAGUUGCCGAGGGUCAGGCGUCACCGCGAGUAUCAGUGGCCAAGCUCGUGAGGCGAUCCCCGACGUCGAGUCGUAGGCUCUUUGCCGGCGAAAAUGCUCAUGAUAGGCACAAAAAUGAGCCUUGCUCACAUCCUAGAGGCAGGAAAGCUUCUUGUCAAGAUAAAUCUUCGUCAAAUUUCCUUCAUAACUACACACCCGUUCUAUUCCGGAUUCUUCUCCACAACAAAAGACCCACCUCUCCUUGACGUACGACUACACUAGACCGUGG